UUUCUCAUUUCCUUUUUCAUUUCAUCUUUCAGUUUCAGUUUGAACACGAGAAGAUCUAUAAGUUUAGUUUUCCUUGUAUUUAUAUUGUCAGUAUCAAUUUCCCUGUCCAAACACUCGUCUUGUACCGCCACUGGGUGUCAAAUUUCACAGGCAUAAUUUAACUAUAAGCUCUACAUUAAGAUUCCUGUGUUUAGUUACAACCACCAAACAAUGUCUCGCAGGGGAUCAAGCCAGAAACAAAGCUCCCAGCCAUCUCAGAGGAAUCAGUCACAAAAGGCAAAUUCUUCGCAGUUCCAACAAACUGCACAAGAGAUAAUUGAUCUGGACAGAAUGGUGGCUGAAGUAAUCCAGUAUUUCUUGAUCAUGGAACAGAAAAAGUUUCCCGUAAAAAGAAAUGAUGUAAUGAAAUUAGUUCCUGGAAUUUCAGCAAAGAAUUUCAAAACUGUUAUUGCCCAAGCACAAACAUACCUAGAUGAUGUGUUUGGCUAUUUACUUCAUGAAUUUGAUGAAAAAAGUGGCCAUUAUGUUCUUUUAAACCAAGUCAUUAUGCCAGAAAAUUUACCUCAUCAAGAUCUAUCUGAAAGCAAUACUAUCCUGUUCUUGACCUUGUCAGCUAUUUUCUUGUCAGAGGGUUGCAUUGGUGAAGAUGAAGUGUGGAACAUGCUCGAUAUCCUUGGAUACAAACCAGAAAAUCACAAGAAACUCGUUACUAGCGACUUUGUUCGUCAGCUUUAUAUCAACUUGGAGGUUAUUCCACAGUCAGACCCACCAAGAAUGAACUUUACCUGGGGUGAACGUGCAACGAUUGAGUUUACUAAAAAAGAAAUUCUCGCAUUUGCUGCUAAGGCUUUUGAAAGAGUGUCUUUUAAUCUUGCUGAACACCACAUGGACAAGACACCAAGCCAAUGCCGUGAAAAGAUCAAGAAGCUUAAAACCAUGUAUCGCAAUUUGAACAAUCAUGGAAAAGUUUCAAAAAACAUUCGAGGACGCCUAAUGCACAAGCUCCACCAAGUGAUGGAAGGUAUUCCUAGUGUAUCUUCAGCCAUUAGCAAAUGCCGUAGCGACGAUACCACUUGUAAUCAUGAGGAAAUGGAUGGGGCAGAAACCGAGGGACAAACGUCAAAUAAUGUCAUGGGUGAUGAUUUUGUGGAAAAAAGCUUUGGAAUACCAAUCAAAAUGAACAUUUUGUUAUCAGAUGAGGACUUUCUUGAUGACGACAGCAGUGCUAGUUCAGAUCCAGAAUCUGUAUCCAGCUCUGAUGCGGAAGACGUAGCUCCUCAAAGACGAGUCCCAAAACAUAGAGACAGAAGAAAGAAAACAUCCCGGAAAAGAAAGGAAAGCCGUUCCAAAAGACGUUCCGCAGUCUACGUUCUCAUCGACAAGGUUAUUAGCGCUCAAUCAGCCGCUAACGAACGAUUUUCAGCUUUGGAAGAAAGACGGCUAUUGUUGGACAAGGAACUGGAAGAAAAGCGAAUUGAAGCCGAGGCCGCUCGGCAAGAGGCGCAACGACAACAUGAACUCAGGCUGUUGAGUACGAUGGCUCAGCAGAUGGCCUGCAUUCUCAAGGACAAAUUAAGCAAAUGUCACGGUCGGAUUGCCCGCAAGUCUUUCGUGCGCUUCAGCAAACAAGAUGGAACGCCACAACAUGGGCAAGUGUUCACACGUGUGAAAACCAGGAUGGAGCUGAAUUCUUGUUUCAACCAAGACCAAAACCCAGCGGCUUUCGUACGUGACUGGCGGAGCAAGAAAAUUUCACCCACCAAUAAGUCAAUCAACCAGGAUACGGCACCGAUCGUUCGACGUAAAACUGUUAUUACCAUCGGAUGUCCGAGCGAAUUAAAAGGCUCUAUUUACCAACCGGAAGACCACACUGUAUCCGCAUCGGAAGUGGGCGAAACAGCUUGCGGGAGGAUUAGUAUUACUGUCAAAACUCUUCCGAAAACAGGUAUACGCAAGAUACCACAAGGUCCUAUUUUUAAUUGUGACCUUCACGAAGAAGAAGAAGAAUGGAAGGACACUGUGCCGUUUAAAUCUUCUUCCGUAAGCGAUCCAUCGUGGAUUUACGUCCCAACAAAGUCAGUUCAACCUUUUUCAUCAAAUCAUCAACUGACGGCAUGGCAAGAAGAACAACCGUCACAUGAUUUCGGUGCAACUUUGGUAAGUAAUUCAUUCAAGGCAUCCAAUAAAAAGAGCUGUCCCACAAUUGAUGUAGACGCGGACCAGCAAUUUGGUAAUCGAAAAGUGAAUUCGGAUGCUGUGAUCAGCAAAUUGGAUUCGCCGAAAGUUUGUGCGAAACCCACUUUCAAUGUGAUUAUGAGUGGCGAAUCAAAGAUUCUUCAUUUGGCGGAACAGGAUGCCUGGAGUAUUGAAAAAGAUGCUUGCAGAGUUGAGAAGAGUCCAGUCAGUUCGAUAUCUCGUUCUCCAAUCGGCUAUCGGGAUUGGUUAAAAUCACUUGAUCGACUGGAGGGCGAAUCUUUUCCUAAUCAGAUCCAUUCGACAGUCGAUAAAAAGAUGAAAUAUCAAGAAGUGAAACAAUCUACUGAUCCUGUUACAAUGGUCAGUAAUUCCUCUGCUAUUAUUCAACAAGUUGAGAGUCUUUCAGCUCCCAGAAGCAUCUUGAAAAAUGGACAACAUGAAUGCGAUUAUGACAUCCGUCAAGAAAAGCUUGAUGGGGUCCAAAAUCAACAAUAUCAAAACAAAGCUGUCCAGGCAAAAAUUGUUCACGAAGACAAGCCUAUUAACAUGCAUAACAAAACGCCACUAAAUUGGACUGAUGAAAGAUCUACUUCAAGUCUUGUUGGUUGGACUGCAACAUUUAAUAACAUCACAGACUCGAAAUUCAAUAAAAUGGUACCAACUAAAGAAGUUACUCAUCAUGCUGUUCCUUCCAAAAAUGAGGGCUUCACAGCGAAUCAUCAACCGACCACGACCAGAGUAGACAGGGCCAAUACUAUGGAUGUCAUCAAUAGAAACCAAAUCAACACAGUCAGGUCACGCAGUUCCUCCGGCUGCUGGAAACAGAAUUUCAGCACCCAGGAUGGAACUAAUGAACAAGCCCUUUCAUCCGGAAUGGAUCUUUCCAAAGCAACUGAGCUUGUCCGGCACUUCUUCAAUGCAGAAGAUGUUGAUAAUCGGCAAAGUUAUUCCUUAGUGGUUGAUAAAAGUAAAUUGAGCGCAACGAAAUCCAUCUUGUCAUCAGAAAACGAGCAGACAGCACACUUGAUUCCGCAUGUGCUUCAAGGAUCAGUUCAGGAUCAACGUCGUGGGCGAACACCGAUCAAAUCGAAAAUUCCACUGCGGAUCCCGAGACCUGCCAGCAGCUCCGCUUUUUCGAAUUCCAACAGUUCGACAUUGAUGACACCAGCAGCUGUUGUGGAGAAAGGAAGUAAUUCGAAUUUAAGAAAUAAUGCUUCUAAGAACAAAGCUGUGCCGAGUAAAAUCAAACCUCCUUCAGUCGGAAGGACAAGAUCAGUGGAUAGUUCCAGACUAACUAGUCCAUUAUCAAAUUACGUAUUGUACAGCAAUGUAACAAUGGCCAGAGAUGAAAUGAUGAUUCAGUAAGCAAAAGUUAUUCCAUUUAAAUUCACAUUCGAUAUUUUUUGAAAUCUUAUUAACAUCUUCUGGUUGAAUGGGUUUUCCCCGUCUUUUUUCUUUUUAAAAUUGCAAUUGGUAUUACUAACACAGCAGGCUUUCUAUUUGCCCAGUCACGUUUCGUUUGUCUGGACCGCUUUGAACUUCAUUUUGAUUUUAUUAUUCGUCCAAUGUAGUAUCUAAUAAUGAAUUCAAGGUUUUGUCGUUUUGUAAUUAUUUCUCUGUGUAUCAAUAUAACUCGAUGACAAAAUA